UUUCUCUCAGCGGAAGCACGUGCUGUGUCUGUCYGUGCGCGUGGAGAACGGACUGAUUUACCGACCAGUGAUCAGAAAUGACCAAGCUGAAGAAGGAGAAMGCGGACCCGGAGGAGGAAGCGGCUCCGGCGGCCGGAGGCUCCGACAGAACCUACCAGGAGCUGGUGGCCCACCUGAACCCGAUCUCCCAGCCGCUGGCCUCCAGGAAGCUCAGCAAGAAGCUCUACAAAUGCGUCAAAAAGGCCGCUAAAGUGAAAAACAUCCGGAGAGGAGUGAAAGAAGUCCAGAAGUUCCUCAACAAAGGAGAGAAAGGGAUCGUGGUUCUAGCAGGCGACACGUUACCCAUCGACGUCUACUGUCACCUGCCAAUCAUGUGUGAGGACAGGAGUCUGCCCUACGCCUUCAUCCCGUCCAAAACGGAUCUGGGAUCGUCUGCGGGCUCCAAGCGGCCCACCUGUGUGAUCCUAAUCAAACCUCAUGCGGACUACCAGGACGCCUACGACGAGUGUUUGGAGGAAGUGUCCAACCUGCCCAAACCGCUCUGAGCCAAUCAGGACGCACCUCCAACCUGAGCGCUAACACUUUCCACCUGUUUCCAGUGUUUGUGCUAAGCUAGGCUAAAACGGGGCUUCAUCCCAACAAAGAACUGAUKAAUUUUGUUAAAAAUGUUUGUUCUAAGUUUUGUUUUAAUAAAACAUCAAAGGCUG